CAGGAGGAGCAACAGAGGGAGAAAAAUGACCUCGAGGUUGCUGCCAGCCCACGUUCAGGUGUUCUCUUGUAGGGUGCUGUGUUUGAACUUUCUUAGGACACAAGUGAGUCACUUACUGUAGGAACGUCCUGAACACAUGCUGGUUAAUGAAGCUGUUGUCCGGAAAUGCCUGCUUGGCUUGAAACACUCAAAACCCUCACAGAGUUGCUUCUCACUCAUGCUGUCUGUGGGCAUCGUCUGGGAUGAGCAGGAAAGGGUUUGCUGUUUCAGGAGCCUGUGACGUUCAGGGAUGUGGCCGUGUUCUUCAGCCAGGAUGAGUGGUUGCAUCUGGACUCUGCACAGAGAAGCCUGUACCGGGAGGUGAUGCUGGAGAACUACAGCAGCCUGGCCUCACUGGGUAUUCUGUUUUCCAAGCCAAAGGUUAUCUCGCAAUUAGAGCAAGCAGAAGACUUCCAGAUGUUGGGAAGUGGAAUGCUCCGAGGUGUGUACUUAGGAUGGAAGAGCUUGUUUGAACCCAUAGUUUCCAAAGGAGAUAAUAAGGAAGUCUUGAAAAACCACCGAGCUGAUGAUUUUUUUGACUUCAUAUUGGGAAGAACAUUAAAUGAGGAACAGUUAGAGGAUCAACGAGGUAAGAAGAACAAGCUUUGCAGCGAAAUGCUGCUUUGCAUUAGAAAAGACUGUAUACCGGAGAGAGGCUUUAAGGGUAAUGAGCUCUCGAGCAGUCCCGGUAUGAAGUCUCCAUUUACUAGAGAACCUGGAGUUGUCUCCAGAGGAAGAAAGCCCCGCUCACAGCAGGACUCCGUUCUAUUGAAACAACUAGGAUUCAACACAAUGCAAAAGUGUUACAAAUGCAACAACUGUGGAAAAGUCUUUCUCCACAGUUCUUCUCUGAGCAAGCAUCAGAGGCUCCAUACUGGCGAGAAGCUCUACAAAUGUAAAGAAUGCCGGAAAGCCUUCAGCCAAAGCUCGUCCCUAACCCAGCACCUGAGAGUCCAUACUGGAGAAAAGCCGUACAUAUGUAGUGAGUGUGGGAAGGCUUUCAGCUUCACUACCUCUCUCAUUGGGCAUCAGAGGAUGCAUACUGGAGAAAGACCCUAUCAAUGUAAGGAAUGUGGCAAAACCUUCAAAGGCAGCUCAUCCCUUAACAAUCACCAGCGGAUCCACACUGGAGAAAAGCCAUAUAAGUGUAAUGAGUGUGGGAGAGCCUUUAGUCAAUGCUCAUCUCUUAUUCAGCAUCACAGAAUUCAUACUGGGGAGAAACCAUAUGAAUGUAGCCAGUGUGGGAAAGCCUUUACAUCAAUAUCACGGCUAAGCAGACACCACCGUAUUCAUACUGGAGAGAAGCCUUUUCAUUGUGAUAUGUGUGGCAAAGUGUUCAGUUACCACUCAGCCUUGAUUAUACAUCAGAGAAUUCACACUGGAGAGAAACCAUAUGCAUGCAAGGAAUGUGGGAAAGCCUUCAGCCAGAGCUCAGCACUCAUCCAACAUCAAAGAAUCCACACUGGAGAAAAGCCAUACAAGUGCAAUGAAUGUGGGAAGGCCUUUUCCUGGAUCUCACGACUUAAUAUCCAUCACCGAAUCCACACAGGCGAGAAGCCUUAUCAUUGUAAGGAAUGUGGAAAAGCUUUCAGUUCCCACUCAGCAGUCAACACUCAUCGAAAAAUCCACACUGGCGAGAAACCUUACAAAUGCAAUGACUGUGAAAAAGCCUUCAACCAAAGCUCAGCCCUUAUUCAGCACCAGAGAAUUCACACUGGAGAGAAACCAUUUAACUGUAAAGUAUGUGAGAAAGCCUUCAGACAGAGUUCAUCACUCAUGACACAUAUGAGAAUUCAUACGGGAGAAAAGCCUUAUAAAUGCAAAGCCUGUGGGAAAUCAUUCAGUCAAAGUUCAUCUCUUGCCAACCAUCAGAAGACUCAUUAUUGAGAAAAACCAUAUAAGAAAAAUGCAUGUGAUAAAUCUGCCCAAAGACAUUGAUUCUGUACUGACUGUAACAGAAUUCAUCCUGGAGAGAAAAUGAUGAGCAGUAGUUGGGGUGAGCAUCAAAUUAGACGUCAGCAAACAUCAGACAUUUGUGAUGCAGUAUAAACUUGUCUUUGGAAAACUUACAUAAAAUAUAAAAUGUUUUCCACAUGUUCUUAAGUUUUACAGACUAUAGAGUUGACUGUAGGACUGAAAGAUUAAUAUUUUCUAGUGGUUCAGACUUAACAGCCACCAGCUUUUGUAACCUCACUGGGGACCUGGCGAUUUAGGUAAAAGCUGAGCCAUGAAUCAGCAGACUUCAGAUGAGCCAAGGAUGUAUGUUGGACAAAGCCUUUCAGUGUUAAUCCAGAGUAGCUGGAUUAGGAAGAAUGAGAAAAGCAGUCUACAUAGGUAACUUGUAGCUACCUCAUUGUCUACUAAAGUUUGUUUUUUAAUACUCUGGAAACAAGUUCUUGUUUAUUAAAACUUUUGGUUCGUUUUUCUUUUCUCUAAGUCACCGCUCUGUGAGCUGUGCGGGUUAUUGUCCCAUGCAUUGUCUUCCCACCAUUCACCACCUCUGAUUCAGACCUAAACGCACCUCAAGUCACAAAAUGCAUGGUGUCUCCAUUUGUUUUUCUCAGAAAGUAAUUACCUUUGCUGUAUUAAAUUGUGAAGUAAAGGCUCUUCA